AUGGGGGGUGUCUGUAAUCACCGUCUUCACACGAUCAGUGGCUGCAGGGGUAAGGAGUUACCAUUAGCUCUUUGUCGUGUUGGAUGCCAAACAUUCGUCCUUACGAAUGCCGACUCAAGAGGCGGCAAAGAGCCA